AUGAUCGUGCCUGAACGUAGCGGAAGACUGGAAGGGAAAGUUGCCAUCGUAACCGGCGCCGGCUCCAGCGGGCCCGGGGUCGGUAAUGGGCGGGCGACGGCGACGCUGUUCGCUCGCGAGGGCGCGCGGGUUCUGCUGGCCGACAUGACCGUCGAACGGGCCGAGGAAACCCAGCAGAUGAUUCAUGCGGAGGGCGGCGUGUCGUCCACGAUUCAUGCCGACGUUACCAACGCCGAGGAUUGCCGGCGCAUGGUGGAGGCCUGCAUCGAGCGAUACGGUCGGCUGGAUAUUCUGGACAACAACGUGGGGAUUUCGCGACGCGGUACGGUGGUGGAAGUUUCCGAAGAGGACUGGGACCAGGUGAUGUCAAUUAACGUCAAGAGCAUUGUGCUGGCCAGCAAAUAUGCCAUCCGCACAUGGUCGCAGCCGGCGGCGGUUCCAUCAUCAACAUCUCGUCCAUCGCCGGUCUGA